CCAAGUAAAUGUUCGGCGUAAAGGACGACUUUCAGCAGAGUCAUUGCGCAUCGCAUUCCUCGCUCGGCAACACGCGUAAGACGUCCAGGAGGGACGAAUCGCAGAAAAUCUUCCUCGAUGGAGUGAUUAAUCCUUUCCCAGUUUAGCGUAACGAUUGGGCGUCGGCCUAAUCGUACGAACAAAUCACGACGAGCAAUGUGGUCUCUGCCAUUGAGCCUGAACACAGUUUUCUCAUGAACGUGCAAGUAACCAGUUGCAAGGUCUUCAACUGGUAUGAUACGUGUCAUGCUACUCGGAUAAACUUCUUUGAAUUGGUGUGACAGCUCUUUAGUGUUAAUUUAUCCUUGAAUUGAAGUGUUUCUUUAAAUUUCCAGGCACAACACUCUUGGCAUAUAGCGAUUAGAGAGCUGCUAGUUAAGAUUCUAAGAUGGAGUGCAAAGUUUGCCUGGAAGUGUAUGAUGAAUCUCAGAGACGGCCGCAUAAUCUCCCAUGUGGCCAUAGCUUUUGUACAGUAUGCAUUGAUGACAUGUUAAAGAACAGCUCUCUUACCUGCCCUAGAUGCCGUGCCAAACACAUAGCAUCAGACAAGAGUCACUUCCCAGUUGCAUAUGACCUUGAGGAAGUUUUAAGCAAGAGAGAGACGGCAGCAGCUGCAGCAGGAAGGACGCCGCUUACUCGAAGGAAAGAUAUCAGCAGCAAAAUCAACAUUCUGAGAGAUGAGCAACUGUCUAGCAUUAAUCAUAUUUCAUUAGGAUUUCAGGAGAAACUAUCUCAGCUAGAUAAAUAUAAAAGAAAAUUAAUUGAGUGGGGAAUAGAACAUGAUGACCUGAUUAAAAAGAUUCAGACUGAUUUAAUAGAGCAGAAUGAGGAGCUGCGUGACAGCUUGAAAGAGGAACAUGGUCUUGUGGCAGAAGUACUUGAAGCAGGAGAAACACAAGAGCAACAGCUAAAGUUUGCCGAGGAAUCACUCUUCACAGCCAAAACUGCGCAAGAUGUUUUUGUGGCCAUUAAUGAUGCAGAGAUUGUCCAAUCAGAAGCGGAGACUUGGAUUGAGAAAUGUGAUGAACUCUUCCAAGAUGCUAAUCCUGUGCACAGGUCUAUCAAAAUUCGAGCAGCUACAAGAAAGGCACUGAGGAUGGUGAGACAUGAGACAAAUUUAGAGCCUGCGAUUACUCUGAGAGAUGUCGAUGCAAUGUCAGCAAGUAGUCGUGGAAUGACACCUGUCACCAUUUCUGGUGUGCACAAUGCUUGUUCCCACGACAUACUAAUAGGAGGGGCAUUUCCACUAACGGCUGAGAUGCUCCAACAGGUAGAUGAUGAUGUGAGAAGCCUACUUCAGGCAGGAAAAGUGUUUGCAGUAAUGCAGGAGCAAGGCCGGGUAAGGUCUGCCCGUAUAACCCUCCAACAUGACAGGGUUUACCUACAUCACCUUAGGAAGCAGAACCCACCGGUAUAUGCCCAAACACUUCAGUAUACUGACAUUGAAGAGCAGUUGAACACCUCAUCUCCUACUGCAUUCCUGGAUCUGGCUUGGCCUGGGUCACCUCCUCAACGAAUCCAUAUCCAGCUAAGUCCAAAUCAACGAGCACUACAGUUUAGCCUCCUGUGUACGGGGAAGAAUGGUCCGAGUUAUGCCUACACACAGCUGAUAGAGGUGUAUCGUAAGGGUGAGCCUGGUGAACGUAUAUCAGGGGGAGAUUAUGAUGGCGAUGGUGGGGCUGCCAUUAUCCAAGGACUUCCCUGGGGAGGCAUAUAUAGUCGACCUGCUUCUUCGGGGGCUGUUUUUAGCUGGAGUGAUGACAAUAUUGGUGGUCGAUUUGGCAUUCUGACUAGAGCAAAUGCCGGAUGUUACAAUGGUGUGUUUGGUCAGGUGGUGAGUGGGCUUGAUGUCCUGAGGUCAGUAGUUGAGUUGCCUGAUAUUUCACGUGUUACUGUGAUAGACUGUGGAAUUGUCCUUUCACAGUAGUUUUUAAACAUGAACGUAAUUAAUCUGAAUGGUGCUGUAUUUUUAUUAUGAUUUUAUUUAUUUUUUUAAAAUGUGACAAAGUCAGUUGAAGAAAGCUGCAUCUCUAUUCUUCCUAUUUUUUAAAUAGUGUUUGGUAGUACAUAUAUAGCAGAAACCAUUACAGUAGCUGUCUCAUACAUUCCUGUAUGAUAUAUACACUGCAAUAGUCAUUUAUCAUAUUUGUCUUCUGCAUUCCUCACAGUUCAAUAAUUCCAUGUUUUCCAACAAAAUCUUUGAAUAUCUAUGCAUAAAAAUUGAAACCUGAUUCAUGAAAAUGGAUCCUUUUCUAUCAUAGAUGCUUAAUCUGUGUGGUGUGACAAUUUUAUGUUUCUUGUGAAAGUGGGUCCUUUUCCCUCAUAGAUCUAUUUUAUAUUUGUGUGGUGUAACUCAAUGUUUCUUUUAGAUAUUCUUUGGAUGUAUAGCUGGUAGAUAAGCAUAAUAUAUGUGACUGUUCCAAGCACAAGCAUUUGAUAUAGAGGAUGUCUCAAGGGUGGAGUGGGCUAAAUGUGUAUCAAGAGAGUACUAAACUAGUUGAUUUUGGGAGAUCAGUAACCCCCCCCCCCUUUUGUGUGUGUGUGUGUGUGUGUGUGUGUGUGUGUGUGUGUGUGUGUGUGUGUGUGUGUGUGUGUGUGUGUGUGUGUGUGUGUGUGUGUGUGUGUGUGUGUGUUUAUAACAUGAAGUCCCUCUUUUGCUUCAAAGAUUUAUGAAUACAUUUUUGUUGGGGGGAGAUUCUUAGUACAGAUCAGGAAUAAGAUGGUGAUUAUCCUCCAUAGAGCUGGCAUUCUGCCAACCAUGGCUUCUAGAUGUUAUGUUCCACCCUUUUUUAUCGGUGAAAAUAAUUCAAAAUCCCCUUUGUAAAGGACAAGUGAAUCUAUCUAAUCUUCCUUCAAGAGCUUUGUGCCCAUGAAUAAGAAUAUCUGAAAAUAGUUCUCACUAUAUUAUAUUUUAUUAAUUAAAAAAAAAAUUGUUAUUAACUUUCCAGAAUAGAUAUGGGUGAUUAUUAUAAUGAUAGUUUUUCUUGUUCAGUGAAUAUUCACGUUUGCAUUACUUCAUCCCCCAUGCCAUGCAAACAGCGUUGUUUGUAUUUUCUAAUACAUGAUUUGUAACUUGGGCAUCUCAUUUUUCAAGUUUUAGUAUGUAGAUACUGAUUCAUAUCCAAGAUCAUUGUUUAUACUGUUGUUGAAGCUGUUUGAAAUGUAUAGUCUUCCAACAUUGCUUCAUUGCUAUUUCAUUCAGUAUUUUAUAACGUUCAUCAUGAUAUAUAUAGUGACAAAUUAUAUGGGCUUUUUGGUACUUACUUAGAUGCUUGGAUGAGUAACCAUCACACAGGUCUGCGUUGUGUCUUUUGGUUGGUUCAAGGACAUAGUCUGUAUUGUUUAUGAAAAGACAUGCUCCCUACUAUAAAGGAGGAGGAGAGUGAGUGUGUGUGUGUGUGUGUGUGUGUGUGUGUGUGUGUGUGUGUGUGUGUGUGUGUGUGUGUGUGUGUGUGUGUGUGUGUGUGUGUGCAUGUGUGCAACCGAUUCAUAUUGCUCUGUAUGAAUUAUAACUAUAAACCCUCUGCUGAAUGUCCAGGCAAGGGAAGUAAGCUGAAAGGCAAAAAACACAAAGGCCUAAGAUUUAAAACUGAAUGGUUUGUAAACAGUUCUAGAAGAAAAAUAGAAACUGUAAGAGUACAUGAAACAAAAAUUAUAUGUAGUAAACCAAGAAAUAAGGAUAGAUUAAUAUUUGCCCACCAGCAGUGUUUGCAGAUGACAUCACAGUGUCAUUAUGUAGAUAUAGAGAGGAAUUGAGAUUAUAUUUUAUUUUCAGUAAUUUGGAAUAAUCUAGCUGUAAGUAAUAUAAGGUAUGAGUCUAAGAUCACUGAUCUUUCGUACAAGUGUUAAGCAUUUAAGAUUAUUUUUUUAUAUAUUAUAUCAUGGUGUUUGGAUUUUGUGCUAUUUUUUUAUUAACCCAUUGUUAUCAGGUACUUGGACUGUCUACCGAUGUUUUGUUUUAAUAAUUGUUUACAGAUAGAUGGGUCCACAGCUACAUAUUUAUUAAGGACUCAGUUACUAGGCCUACCUGAUCUCAUGUGACCCUUAAAAUAUAGGGAACUUUUCAUUUAUUUAUAUUAUAAUUUUUCCAAUCAACAUUGUUAGUGUUUUCAUUACUGUUAUAUGAUUGUUGUUGUUAUUGUUGUUAUUAUUAUUAUUAUUAUUAUUAUUAUUAUUAUUAUUAUUAUUAUAAGUUAUUAUUAUUAUUAGUAGUAGUAUUAAUAAUUGCUUAAUUUUUUUUAUUUAUUUAUUUAUUUAUUUUUUAAUAUAUAGAAAACCAUGUUGAUUAUGAAUGAACAAAAAAUUCCAGUUUUGAUUACUCGCUUGUACUUGGCUACCCAAGACAUUGACCUAUUUGUUAUAUAUAGAGAAAAGAAAUCAAAAGAAGUCCCCCUGUUUUAGUGUCAAAUAUUAGAAAACUAGUGCUUAUUUUCAAGAAAUUUACAGAAAUUGGUUAAGAAAAGAUUAGUUGUCUUGGUACACUAUGCAACAGCAGCUCGUUCAAAAUAUCUUUCUUUUACCUCAUUGAAUCUGGAUGCUUAAUUACCAUCACAUGUGUCAAAAUAUGGGCAUAAGGCUUACUUGAUUGGCUACUGAUUGUCUGAUGGCACCCAUCAGCAUGUAGGCCGGACACACGCGAACACUCAUGUGCAUUAACAAUAAGCAUUUUUGGCUUUUUUGCCAUUUUCCAGUGUCCAUAUUUGUCAUUUGAUUUGCUGUAAUCAGAUAGUAAUAGACUGUUUUCCUAGCACAAACUCCAUAUCAUCUCUGCAGGUAGUCUGUACUCAGUGCAAGAAUAAAAACAAUAAGUAGCAUUUUAUUAUUUAUAUAAUUUUUCAUUUUUUCGGUAAUAUUUAAUUUUUAAAAUAAAACCUUUACCACUGGUCAUGGCAGACAGGAAUAGAAUCCUGAGUAUGGAUAUAGUGUGUUUUCUGGAGAUAGUGCUCUUCUGGUUACAGCUCAUAGACAUUACAUUCAGCUCUUGUGUAUUGAUGGAAAUGAUGCAAAAGCCCCUUCCUAUGCCAAAUGAGUCUAAUCACCCUCUUAAGAGGUUUGUGCCCUUGUAGCGAAUCUUUCUUUUCACCCCGGCCAAAAUGCUCAUGAUGGGAAGUUCGCAUCACCCUGGCGCACUGUCAUAUUUUUCUAUGACUUCAUGUUCAUGUGUCCUGCCCCGCAACCCAAAUUUUUCCAUGACAUGAUGGUCACAUCAUCCGGAUUAUAGGGGUUAAUUAUUUAUAUUACAUCAUCUUUGCACAAUUCUUGUAUUACUGAUUAUUUUAAGGGCUGUACAUUAAGGGUGUUUAUAGUGCAAAAGCAGGCCAAAAUAUAUAUAUAAUCUGGAUGUUGCAAGUAUUUUCAAGAAUGGAUUCCAUGCAGUAAAUGUAGACUUUCUGUAUGCUGUGAAUUUAUAAGCAAAUUAAUAAAUAAAUGAAUAAUUUUC